GAGUAAAGAUGAAGCUUCUACUGAGGAGUCUGCUACUCACUUCUCUCUGUACCAUCUCAUCCUGGAGUGUUUCAUCAGGUACACUUGUUGUUACCCAGAGUCCUGAUGUCUCUGUCAUGGAGGGGGAGACUGUAAACAUCACCUGCUGCUGGACACUGGGGUUUGGAAGAAUGAGAGUUGCCUGGCUGAAAAAUCAAACAAAUACUAAUAAGACUGAGAUUUCAAGAUUGAUAAAUCAGUCUCAAGGACUGAUGCCAAAUGAAACAUCUAACUGCUUACACUUGACCUUUCCGAAUGUCACAAGAGAGGACUCAGGGAGAUACAUCUGCAAGGUGACUGUGGAGAUACCAUCUUUAACUGUGGUUAAUGGAAAUGGUACUGUCAUCACAGUUACGGCCAAAGGCAACACAAUGGACAACACAACAGGAGGUUCUAUCAGCAGUCCUUCAAAGCUUGCCAUCAUAAUUCCCCUGGCUGCAGUGGCUUCAUUGCUCCUCAUCAUUCUCAUCUGUUUCGGCACUCUGAGGAGGAGACGAGCACAAGCAGCCAGGGUGAUCUACGAGGUUCCCCACAUUGACUCUGAGGAGGAAGAAAUGGACAAACACAGCACCAGCUCCUCCAGAGGUUCUUCUCAGUGGUGUCAGGUACCGGUGUAUGAAUCAUUUGAUUACUUUGAACGUGUCCAGACCAAAGAAAGCGGAUGAGGAUCUACUUGGGGGAAUUUCCAGUAUUUUCUAUCCAUACUUUAAAUCAUGUAUAUAUUAUAAAUGUACAUUCAUUUACUUACCUUUACCUGAAUUAUGUAAAUGAUUUUAAAUGCAUGUAAAUAUUUUAUAUUUUUCCAUAAAGUCAG